GGGAAAGAUGAAAAUGAAAAUAAAUAAAAAUAAUACCGCCAGGUCUUGCUGCGUCACACAAACGGAGCCCCCAAACCUGGCUGCCCGCUGCAUCCUUAUCGUCUCCGAAUUUCCUCCCUCUUCCUCCGGAUCCCUCUUCACUUCCCUUCCCUUCUUGCUGCCAUUGUCGUUCUCCCUUCUCCUCGUCACCUAUCCCUCCAUCGUUGGUCACCGGUGACAUUGCCUCGCCAUCACCAAUUGAAGCAAUGGCUUCUUCCUCCAGAGCCAUGAGCUCCCUUCGCGCAGCCCAAUUCGCGCCGAAAGCCUCGCGUGCCGCCAACGCCGGUCGCAGAACCCUCACCACCACCUCCAGACAGUCCCUCAGAACCGUCGCGGCGAGGCCAAGAGUCGCUGCUGUCCCCCAGAUCAGGACCGUUGCGCGCCAGUUCCGCCGGGACUACGCCGAUGUCGCUCCCAAGAAGCCCGGCAAGGUUCGCAAGACCUUCAGAUGGGCCUGGCGUCUGACCUACCUCUCCGCCUUGGGCCUCGUCGCCUACGUUGGAUACGUCGUCUACGAUGACAGACAUCCCGAGGAGCAGGUCGAGCUCGACCCCAGCAAGAAGACGCUCGUUAUCCUUGGCACUGGCUGGGGAUCUGUCUCCCUGCUGAAGAAGCUCGACACCGAGAAUUACAACGUCGUCGUCAUCUCGCCCAGAAACUACUUCCUCUUCACCCCUCUUCUCCCCUCGUGCACGACCGGCACCAUCGAGCACCGCUCCAUCAUGGAGCCCAUCCGCGCCAUCCUCCGUCACAAGAAGGCCCCCGUCAAGUUCUACGAAGCCGAGGCCAGCUCCGUCGACCCCGACAGGAAGGUCGUCAAGAUUCUGGAUACGUCGGAAAUUAAGGGCUCCAUGUCCGAGACUGAGGUCGCCUACGACAUGCUCGUCGUCGGUGUCGGGGCUGAGAACGCCACCUUCGGCAUCCCCGGCGUCCGUGAGAACUCUUGCUUCUUGAAGGAGAUUGGUGACGCCCAGGCCAUUCGCAAGAAGAUCAUGGACUGUGUCGAGACCGCCGCCUUCAAGGACCAGUCCGCUGAGGACGUCAGCCGUCUCAUGCACAUGGUCGUCGUCGGCGGUGGCCCCACCGGUGUCGAGUUCGCCGGUGAGCUUCAGGACUUCUUUGAGGAGGACAUCAAGCGUCUGGUUCCCGAGAUCGCCGACCGCUUCAAGGUCACUCUGAUCGAGGCUCUCCCCAACGUCCUGCCGUCCUUCUCCAAGCAGCUCAUCGAGUACACCGAGAAGACCUUCAAGGAGGAGAAGAUUGACAUCUUGACCAAGACCAUGGUCAAGAACGUCACCGACACCCACGUUCAGGCCGAGGCCACUGGCCCCGACGGAAAGAAGCAGACUCUCAUCAUCCCCUACGGUCUCCUUGUCUGGGCCACCGGCAACGCCGUCCGCCCCAUCAUCCGCGACCUCAUCUCCAAGAUCCCUGCCCAGAAGGACUCUCGCCGCGGGCUGGCCGUCAACGAGUACCUUGUCGUCCAGGGUACUCGUGACAUCUGGGCCAUUGGCGACUGCGCCGUGGCCGGAUACGCCCCAACUGCUCAGGUUGCUGCUCAGGAGGGCAGCUUCCUCGCUAGACUCUUCAACAACAUGGCCAGGACUGAGACUGUCGAGGCCCGCAUCCAGGAGCUCAGCAAGGACCUCAACCUGAAGCCCGGCAAUGCCGCCGAGGCUGCCAAGGAGAUCGAGGCCCACGAGCGCCAACUCCGUCGCAUCAAAGACAUCAAGCCCUUCCACUACUCUCACCAGGGCAGCAUGGCCUACAUUGGUAGCGAGAAGGCCGUCGCUGACGUCAGCUGGUGGAAUGGCAACAUUGCCAGCGGUGGCAGCAUGACCUACCUCUUCUGGCGCAGCGCUUACCUCUCUAUGUGCUUCAGCACUCGUAACCGUCUGCUCGUUGUCAACGACUGGCUCAAGUCCAAGGUCUUUGGCCGUGACAUAUCGAGAGAAUAAGAUUCGGUCUUUUUAGGCGUUCAUGAUCCAUAUUUUUCCAGCCUCUUGGCGCUGGGAAUUUUCUUCUUCUUUUUCAACUGUCUAUUUCUUUUGUGUUCAUUGUACUCUCUUCGCUACAUGUUUGUUUAUGGUGUCUGAAGCGAAACGAUAGAUCGAUCGGCUUUAAUGGCUGGCGGGGAAACGAUAGACUGGGUAGACCUGGACACACACGAUCAUCCCUAAAGGGGAAACGCACGCGACUACCCCUUGGAUGAGUUGUCGACUUUUUGCCAAUAACACCUGUACAAUGCUGCUACCGAGGAUCUCGGCCACGACGCUCGACGCGUGAGAAUUGAAUAAUGAUGAACAACCUCAGCCGUGGUGCCGAAAAAUGGCAACCGGGCGUGCCAUACCGCAUGUCCUAAAGAAG